AUGAGCACCAGCAGUAAUAGAAGAAGGUCCAUGUCCGUGUCAGCAGCGCCGUACCUGUCGCAAUCCGAUACAACGACAUCCACCUCGCCGUCACUGUGGAAUAGUAGUAACAAAUCAACCAAAACUAGCUUUUUGUCUCGCUUCAAAUCACCUAAUGCGAUACCAACCCCCUCCAAAUCCACCUCCACUCACUACAUCACCACCAGUCUACCGCCCAUUCACGGACAGCAGCAGCAGCAGAUCAAACGAAAGCCAAUUGCUUCUAAUGCCUCGAGUUCAGGCACCAUCUCGUCAACAGCAACGACAUCUGUGCCUAGAAAAAAGUAUGAGACACUCCUUGGUAUUCGGACUGACGAUUUGAUAUCAGAGGGUUUAAACUCAAAAAAGAAAUCAAGCGGGAAUCAUAGCAAAGGAUUUGGAAACAUUUUCAAAAAGAAGCGAAGCAAAUCACUCGAUAAAAAAGUGAAUGGAGACCAUGUCGGUGCUUUGUUCUACCAGAUUCACAAUAGUAACAAGGAUUCAGCAGCAGCAGCAGUGACAGUAGAUACAAAGGACCAGGAUUAUGUGCUCCCCCCAGUGGAGCCCUUUGCACGAUCGAGCAACAAUCAAAUCAUAUACGCAUCCCCUACCAAAGCCCCUAUCGUCAAUCUGAGCAUGGGUGAUAAGCCAGUUCUCCUCGCCAAUAACCAUGUGUACAAACCUCAGUACCACCAAUACGAGGUCGGCCAGCAGCCAUCAGCCUAUAGUAGAUCCAAGACAGCAGCAGUGCGUCAAGAUGACGACUCUGCUCCUCCCCCUCCUCCCUUGCCUCCCACCAACGAGACACCACGAUGGUCCACUGGAUCUACCGCACGCAAAUCAACGGGUUCCUACUCCGUCUACAGCACAUUUGGUGCAGAGUCCAUUUACGAGGAGGAGAACAAGUCUUCAGACAAGGUAAACACAACUGCAAGCGCUCCAUCAGACAGCAGACGACUGGCAGCCACCGCGUCUGAUGUGAUUCCUGCUGUAGAGCCUGCUUCCACCACAGAUCUAGUCUCCAUCGUCGCCAACAAUAUGCAAACCAGACACCCAGCACGCCUAGUGACAGAAGAUUCAUCUAUCCAUGAGGUCAGUGAAGAUGAGGAUGAAAGCAGCAGCUCUUUUGAAGACGACGAUGAUGAUCAAUCUACCAACAGACAAAGCGACGUCUUUUUGGAUGCCACCGACAUGUCACUUGAAGAUAUUGAGAGGGAAAAGAUAGAAGCAAGAUUAUCCAAACGAUUGAGCGGAGGCCAUUUUGGAAGUGCUGGAGGACUGAUGAUCAGUAUUCUGGCAUCCACAUCCACCGAAACCAAGGCACAGAAAAGAACAAGUCGUCCACCACCUGAAGAUGUUGUUCAGUCCAUGAUCAAUUGGAAGCGUCACAGCGGACACGGCAGUGCCAAGUACAGUGUGCCAGAUCAACAAGCAUCACAGCACAUCCACGCCAAUGAGGAACAAUCCAAUUCAUCAACCACCACCACCACCACUGACAGGCAGGAUCUUGCUCCCCCAGCUGUACCAGAAAAAGAUGUGCCAGUGACUAAAAGUCAAUCUCUGUCGCCUCAAAGACCCUUGCCACCCAAUCCAAAUAUACUGCUCACUACUACAAAAGAAGCGGAUAACGAGGAAGACGAAGACGAACCGAUUGAGAUCACUGAUACUGUAGAAGAGCCUGAUAAUCCAAAGCAAUGUGCGUCCCGCUUAUGGGAAGAAGAUGAAUCGUUUGUACAACGGGAGAGAAUUGCGGAAUGGCUUGGCCAAAGCAAGGAAUUAAAUGCAAACGCGCUGAACGAAUACAUGAACUACUUUGAAUUUGCCACCAUGAGACUCGACAGCGCAUUCAGAAAGGUGUGCUCCAAGUUAUACUUUCGCGCUGAAGCACAACAAAUCGAUCGUAUUCUCGAAGCAUUCGCGAAACGGUAUUGGCAGUGUAACCCCAAAACCAUAUUCGGGAGUGCAGAUAUCGUCUAUACUGUAGUGUAUUCGCUGCUCUUGCUCAACACGGACUUACAUGUGGCACAAGGUAAUUACACGCGCAUGACAAGACAGGCCUUUGUCAAGAACACCAUGUCCACCAUCAGAGACCAGCAGCAAACAGACCCUAAAUGGGCAGCGAAGAAGCCUAAUUUUAUGCUGGCCUGGGAAGCACACAUUGAGGCCUAUCUUAAAGACAUGUACAUCUCUGUCAAGAACUAUCAGAUAUUGCAGCCUAUGCAACAGAACGGCUUGGACGACAACACCAAUAGUGGUGAUGACAACGCAUUCUUGUCCGUACUGACAUCGGCCAGCAACAAUAAACGCAUGAGUAUUAUCGGCGGAAAGCGUAUGAUUGAUAUCAAACGUAGUUUAAACACAAUGAUACACAAGAAUGGUUCAACUCGUGAAAGUAUGCUAUUCUUAGACGAACCCUCCCCAAGAAAAAGCUCCAGCUCCAAUACGCGCCAGCAAUACCCUGCAUCGCCUCAUAGCAGUAAAUCCAUACACAGCAACCGUAGAGACUCGUUCUGCUCCAGCCAUUCCAAUGCAGGCACACUGUCUCCCAAAUCGACUAUUGCCAGCAGUAAUGGAUCACAGCUCUCACCUCAUCCAAUUCAUAUGAUGAAUUUUAUGGAUAAACACUCUGCUGAUCUGUUUGCGAAUCGACCACCCUACCUCAAAGAAGGCGUUGUCAUGCGAAAACAUCUACUGGAAAGUGCCAACCAAAAGGCCAAGCAUCGCGAAUGGCGAGAGUGUCUCUUGGUCGUGGGUCAAGGAGAAUUGAAAAUGUACGGUUUACAAUCAGAGAACGCCAAUGACAGCAAUUCGAUAGCAUCAUCUGGUAAGCGCCAUGUUCUGAGAGCCAGCAGCGCCAGCUUUGCCAAUUUAGCAGACACAUUAUCAAAGAACUAUCAGAAUGUCACCAACAUUGGAAGCACUAGCAACCCAAAUGUAACGCUUUCUUACAGCGGUGUCUCACAGGACAGCGCUCAACGCUGGGAGGCAUAUUCUCAAUUGAUGGGCUCCAUUGAACUGAAUCAUUCCUUAUCCAAUGCACUGCCUCCUCCCGGCUACAACAAAUCAAGACCGCAUGUAUUUGCUAUUCAGGAACCAAAUGGCGGUGUGUACCUGUUUCAGGCAGCAUCCAAUGAGCAAGUGGUUGAGUGGGUGUCAACAUGUAAUUACUGGGCAGCACGUCAAAGCAAAGAGCCAUUGCAAGGUGGAGUUGGUAAUCUGGAAUAUGGUUGGGGCAGCUGCUUGAAUGAUGUGAUACUGGACUUGGAUGCUGUGGAGAGUGGCGAUAAAAUCGCAGGCAAAUAUUUCCAUGACCCUGAUACUGUCAGUAUAUCACAUUGGAUACCACCUGCACCAACAAUGGUAUCGAGUAUAUUGGAUGAAAAGGCUCAAUUUGAGAGUCUGCAGACGUAUGUCAAUCAAUUGAACGAAGAGAUCAAUGAGCAUCGAGAAAUUAAACGGAAAAUUAUGGUCAAGUUCCAGCAGAAAGGACAGAACCAUACGCGAGCAUUUGCCAAUUGGGAAUCAAAGUCGAAAUACAUGCUCCAUGAGAUUAUCAAGUAUCAAAAUUACUGCGAUUCUUUGGAGAAGAGCAUACAGAGCAGGGAAGCAGAACAAGAAGAAGAGGAGGAGAAUUAG